UGUUUGGAGUUUAGUUUUUUUCAGUACUUUUUAGAUUUCAAAUUUAUUUAAAUUUUAGAUGUUUUAAUGAUUUUAAUAAAUGAAAAAUUAAAAAAAUAAAAUUAUUUUAAUAUAUUAUAAAUUAAAAAGUAUUUUUACAAAAUGACUUCAAACACAAACUUGAUUAGAUAGCCCGGCCAUUGAAAGACGAGUUUACUAACCAACAGUCAAUUCAAGUUGACAAAUUAUGUCUUCAAAUCACAGUGUGGAGCCUCUUGUUUUUAUUUUUUAAAAAUAUUUUAAAAUAAAUUUUAAUUUUUUAAUUUUUUUUUAAUUUAAUAUUUUUAAAUUAUUUUGAUACAUUAAUAUUAAAAAUAAUUUUUUAAAAAUAUAAAAAUAUUAUUUUAUUACAUUUAUAAAUAAAAAUUACUAUGAAAAAACUAUCACCAAACCCAACCACGCUCCAAAACAGUUACUUUAAGGAUCUUAGCAGCAGAAAAGUCCAUCACCAAACACUUUCACCUUUUCCAUUUCUGAUCUCAUCCUGUUUUAUCUUCUCCGUGUUUGCUUACCAUUUAUUUGCUCACCUCCCCUGCUUUUCGUUUUCCUUGCACCUUCUCUACUUCUUCUCUACAUCCAUUUCUUUUCUAUUCCAAAACAAGCUAUGGCUGAUGCAGUUCUUUCUGCUCUCGCGAGUACAAUCAUGGGGAACUUGAACUCCUCAUUUCUUCAAGAGCUUGGACUUGCUGGGAGCCUAGAGACUGAGCUUGAAAAUCUCAACCGCACGAUCAGAACUAUUCGAGCUGUGCUUCAAGAUGCUGAGGAGAAGCAGUGGAAGAGUGAGGCUAUAAAGUUGUGGCUCAGACACCUCAAGGAUGCAGCUUAUGAUGCUGAUGAUUUGCUAAGUGACUUAGCAAAUGAAGCUCAGCCGCAUCAGCAGCGAAGAGAUCUCAAAAAUCGAUUAAGAUCUUUCUUUUCAUGCGAUCAUAAUCCACUUGUUUUUCGACGAAGAAUGGUGCAUAAAUUGAAGAGUGUUAGAAAAAAAUUAGAUGACAUUGCCAUGCUGAGAAACAAUUACCACCUAAGAGAGGAGGCUGUGGAGAUAAAUGCAGAUAUUUUAAAUCAGCGUGAGACUGGGUCACUUGUGAAAGAAUCAGGAAUUUAUGGAAGGAGAAAGGAGAAAGAAGAUCUGAUCAACAUGCUGCUCACCAGUUCAGAUGAUUUCUCUGUUUAUGCUAUAUGUGGAAUGGGGGGGCUGGGUAAAACAACACUUGCUCAAUUAGUCUACAACGACGGAAGAAUAAAAAAGCAUUUUGAUGUGCGGAUUUGGGUGUGUGUAUCUGUUGAUUUCAGCAUUCAAAAAUUGACUAGUGCCAUCAUUGAGUCCAUUGAAGGCACUAGACCAAAUAUUCAAAAGCUGGAUACUCUUCUACGACGCCUCCAAGAAAAGUUAGGUGGUAAGAAGUUUUUGCUCAUAUUGGAUGAUGUUUGGGAAGAUGACCAUGGUAACUGGAGCAAAUUGAAAGAUGCAUUGAGUUGUGGUGAUAAAGGAAGUGCAGUUAUUGUGACUACUCGUUUGGGAACUGCUGCUGAUAAAAUGGCCACAACUCCUGUUCAACAUUUGGCAACAUUGUCAGAUGAGGAUUCCUGGCUUUUAUUUGAGCAGCUUGCAUUUGGGAUGAGAAGCGCAGAAGAGCGUGGUCGCUUGAAAGGGAUUGGAGUCGCGAUAGUUAACAAGUGUGGCGGGGUUCCCUUGGCGUUAAGAGCACUUGGAAGCCUGAUGCGCUCGAUGAAAACUGCAAAUGAGUGGUCGCGUGUCAAAGAGAGUGAGAUUUGGGAUUUGCCGAAUGAAGGAAGCUGGAUUUUACCUGCCUUGAGUUUGAGUUACAUGAAUCUAAAGCCAUCUGUGAAGCAGUGCUUUGCAUUUUGCUCUAUAUUCCCUAAAGAUUAUGUCAUGCUGAAGGAGCGGUUGGUAGCUCUAUGGAUGGCAAAUGGCUUCAUUUCUGGCAAUGGGAAAAUAGAUUUGCAUGACAGGGGUGAAGAGAUUUUCCACGAAUUAGUUGGGAGGUGUUUUUUUCAAGAAGUCAAGGAUUAUGGGCUGGGCAACAUAACAUGUAAAAUGCACGAUCUUAUCCAUGAUCUUGCACAGUACAUUAUGAAUGGAGAAUGUUAUUUGAUCGAGGACGAUACAAAGUUGUCAAUUCCUAAAACAGUUCGUCAUGUGGGUGCUUCCGAGAGAUCACUACUGUUUGCUGCAGAAUACAAGGAUUUCAAACAUACAUCUCUGCGCUCAAUCUUUCUUGGUGAAACAGUUCGUCAUGAGAGUGAUAAUUUAGAUCUUUGUUUCACUCAACAGAAGCAUCUAAGAGCCUUGGUUAUAAAUAUUUACCAUCAAAAAACAUUACCAGAGUCAAUUUGUAAUUUGAAACAUCUCAGGUUUCUAGAUGUCUCCUAUACCUCCAUCCGAAAAUUGCCUGAAUCAAUCACCUCCCUCCAAAACCUUCAUACACUAAAUCUGAGAUGUUGCGCUAAACUCAUCCAAUUACCAAAAGGUAUGAAGCUCAUGAAAAGUCUCGUCUAUGUUGACAUCACGUAUUGUAAUUCACUUCAAUUUAUGCCUUGUGGAAUGGGAGAGUUGACUUGCCUGCGAAAACUUGGCAUAUUCAUUGUGGGUAAGGAGGAUGGUCGUGGCAUAGAGGAGCUGGGAAGGCUGGAUAAUCUUGCUGGUGAAUUGCGCAUCACAUAUCUUGAUAAUGUUAAGAAUUCAAAAGAUGCCAGAAGUGCGAAUUUGAAUUUGAAGACAGCUCUUUUAUCACUGACUUUAUCAUGGAAUUUGAAAGGAAAUUCCAAUUCACCUCCGGGGCAAUCAAUACCAAAUAAUGUGCAUUCGGAGGUCCUUGAUAGGCUUCAACCUCAUUCAAAUCUGAAGACGUUGAGAAUAGAUGAAUAUGGAGGUUCAAGAUUUCCAAAUUGGAUGAUGAACUUGAUGCUACCAAAUCUAGUGGAGUUGAAGCUAAGAGACUGUUACAACUGUGAACAACUUCCACCAUUUGGGAAACUACAGUUCCUCAAGGAUCUUCUAUUAUAUAGAAUGGACGGUGUGAAGUGUAUUGACAGCCAUGUGUAUGGAGAUGGGCAAAAUCCAUUCCCAUCUUUGGAGACGCUGACUAUUUAUUCAAUGAAGAGAUUAGAGCAAUGGGAUGCGUGUAGUUUCCCUCGCCUUCGAGAAUUGAAGAUCUAUUUUUGCCCUUUGUUGGACGAAAUACCAAUUAUACCGUCCGUCAAAACAUUAAUCAUCCUGGGAGGCAACACUUCAUUGACGUCGUUUAGGAAUUUCACUUCUAUCACCUCCCUUUCUGCUCUUAAAAGCUUGAGAAUUCAGAGUUGUUACGAACUUGAAAGCUUACCAGAGGAAGGUCUUCAGAACCUCACUUCUUUGGAGAUUUUAGAGAUAUUGAGUUGUAAAAGAUUAAAUUCUCUGCCAAUGAAUGAGCUGUGUAGCUUAUCUUCUCUUCGUCACUUAUCGAUUCAUUUUUGCGAUCAAUUUGCUUCUCUAUCUGAGGGAGUGCGACAUCUGACAGCACUUGAGGAUUUGUCUCUUUUUGGUUGUCAUGAGCUAAACUCGUUGCCAGAGAGUAUCCAACAUAUCACUUCUCUCCGAUCUCUAAGCAUACAGUAUUGCACGGGAUUAACUUCUUUGCCAGAUCAGAUUGGAUAUCUCACGUCCCUUUCGAGCUUGAAUAUUCGGGGUUGCCCUAAUUUGGUGUCUUUUCCAGAUGGGGUGCAGAGUCUCAAUAACCUCAGCAAGUUGAUAAUUGAUGAGUGUCCAUAUUUGGAGAAGAGGUGUGCGAAAAAGAGAGGAGAGGAUUGGCCAAAGAUAGCUCACAUCCCUUCCAUUGAAAUCAAUUUCAAAGAAAUCCAAUGAUACUUGGAUUGUUCAAAGGAUAACGACUUCACUUGGCACUUCGGAUUCAAAAUGUAUCAUGGAUACUUCCUACUUCUGCAGUGAAUUCGUCCCUUUAGGGAUCUUCUGGUGUGUUGCUGACAAUAAGUCAUCUUCUCCAUCAGCUGCCUCAGAGCUCCAGUCAGAUGCAAUGUUGGAGAACAUCUUAUAUCUUUCCACUAGACAUGGCCAUUGUAGCUUGAAGUCAUUCUCUCGGUUAUUGUUGUUGAUUGGAUUAGUCAUGUGUGAAGCUUAAACUCCUGCUGAUGGGCCUGUUUUGACAAAAAUGAGAUGUAAUUCUGCAAAAUUAUUCAGGCAUCCUGAUAUUGUUGCUGAGAGGGGCUAUGGGACAGUACCACUGUGGUGGAGGUGUUGACAAAGCCUUUGGCCCCGACAUUGUUGAUGCACAUUUCAAGGCAUGCCUGCAUGCAGGCAUCAACAUUAGUGGUAUCAGCGGAGAAGUGAUGCCAGGCCAGCACUAAAUCUAUGAGAAAUAAAGGAGGCUAUGAAGUCAUCAAGAAAUAUCUGUCUUCCAUUAGUUUCCUUACAUCAUGUCUGAUUGACAGGGUGUUGCUAAUCGUGGGGCUUCCAUUCGUGUUUAACAAUGAACAACAUGCGUUGUAAUAGCUUGUAGGUCAAAACAAUUUAUCUAGCUGACUCUAUCCUAUAUGUUGAAGAUAAGUAUUGAAGUUAUUAUAUAUAUACUCGAAAUUCCUCGA